CAGAAGUUUAAAAGGGGAAAUAAAACUGGUGUUUCUGCAUCUGGAGUUUUAGCUACAGCCCAUUACUUGGGGAGCUGCCUGCCGCUACCAUGUCUCUUCUGCUGACCCUGCUCUUUUUAACAGUCAUGGCGACAGAAAAUGCAGGAGCGGCUGUCAGACCCAUAGUGAACUUCUCAUCAAACUGGGCCACAAUAUUCACAUCUGAAUCUGUAACUAUGACUUGUAAUGUAGAUUCCACUGCACAAGGAGACCUGGGUUAUUCCUGGUAUAAAGAUGGCAGCUUGAUCGGUUCAGGUCAACAGAAAUAUACAAUAGUCACUGCCAAAGAGAGUCAUAGAGGGGAAUAUAAAUGUAAGACCCAUGACAGUGACCUGAGUGAAGCUGCUAAACUGACAGUUAGUCACGGUUACCUCGCCCUGAAAGUUCCACCCUUUGUGUUUGAAGGGGACAUUUUGGAAUUGUCCUGUGCCGCGUAUCCUGGGUACAGCGCUGGGGAUGCUGAACUGCACAAAGGAGAUCAGUCUAUAGGUUCCUCGCACUCUGGGAAUUUCAACAUCGGAAGAGUAAACAUGAAAACUAGUGGUUCCUACACGUGUUCUAGAUCAGUAAAGCACCAUUUAAUUUAUUAUGGUCAAAAGAGCAGUGUGUACAUUUCUGUAAAAGAGCUCUUCUCAAAACCAAUAAUAUCUGGGAAUUCAGGUCAAAUUCAGAUCAAUGAAGGGGGUCACAUGACCAUAACAUGUGACACAAAGCUCAGCCCACACAGAGCGACUACAGAGCUACAGUUUGCUUUCUACAGAAAUGGGCACAAUGUGCAGGGAUUCAGUUUAUCCAACCAAUAUGGAGUCCCCUCAGCUCAGCUGGAGGAUUCUGCGAAUUAUACCUGUGAAAUAAAAGCUCAAUCUGGGGGUGUGAAGAAGGAGAGUGACCCAAAAAGUAUCCAAAUUAAAGGUUGGCUCACACUGAAAGUACCAGCGUUUGUAUUUGAAGGGGAUGAAUUAUAUGUGUCCUGUGCAGGGUAUCCUGGGUAUUCUGCCAGAGACGUUGUGUUGUACAAGGACAAUGAGGUUAUAGGAUCCUCUCCCUCGAAUGCAGAUUUUCUGGUUGGAAGAGCAAAUAUGACAACGAGUGGUUUGUACAGAUGCACCCGACAAGUGAAGAACGGCCUCAUAUAUUAUAAUUAUUCUAGUGAAAAACAUAUUUCUGUAAAAGAGCUGUUCCCCAAACCAGUGAUACAAGUGAAUCUGAAUCACUUGACAGAAGGAGAUCACAUGACCAUAACAUGUGACACAAAGCUCAGCCCACACAGAGAGACUACAGAGCUACAGUUUGUUUUCUACAGAAAUGGGCACAAUGUGCAGGGAUUCAGUUUAUCCAACCAAUAUGGAGUCCCCUCAGCUCAGCUGGAGGAUUCUGGGAAUUAUACCUGUGAGGUACAAACUCCAACCGGCAGUGUGAGGAAGAGGAGCAAUGUGACACAUAUCCACAUACAGGAGCUCUUCCCUUACCCACUAAUAAAAGCAAUCUCAGAUCAGGUGACAGAAGGAGAUCACAUGACCAUAACAUGUGACACAAAGCUCAGCCCACACAGAGCGACUACAGAGCUACAGUUUGUUUUCUACAGAAAUGGGCACAAUGUGCAGGGAUUCAGUUUAUCCAAACAAUAUGGAGUCCCCUCAGCUCAGAUGGAGGAUUCUGGGAAAUAUACCUGUGAGGUACAAACUCCAACCGGCAGUGUGAGAAAGAGGAGUGAUAACAUUAAUAUCCAGGUGACAGAGCUGUUCAGUCCCCCACAAAUAAAAGUGACCCAAGAUCAGGUGACAGAAGGAGAUCACAUGACCAUAACAUGUGACACAAAUCUCAGAAAUACUACAGAGCUGCAGUUUGCUUUCUAUAUCAAUGGGAUAGUGGUGCAACAUUUUAGUUCAUCUCAUGAAUACAGAGUUCCCUCAGCUGCACCAAAGGAUUCUGGGAAUUAUACCUGUGAGGUACAAUCUACAACCGGCAGUGUGAGGAAGAGGAGCAGUGGGUUAAAUAUCUCUAAUAUAAACAAGUCAAGUAAUAACAAUUUAGAUAACACUACAUUAAUGCUGAUUAUAGUUGUUACAGUAGCACUGGCUGUGCUGAUUUCUCUUUUCAUCAUCGCUUUCCUUAUCCUCAAGUCCAAAAAGAAUCAACAUCGGAGACAGAGCAGCCAACGCAAAACUCUCUCGGGACCAGGAGAAACCAACUUAGACGAGGACGUGUGUUAUAUGUCCAUUAACUUUAAUCGUCAGCCUAAAGCUCAUUCAACAUCUCAGAAUAAUGAUGAUGGAGAUAAUGUUAUUUAUGCUGCAGUGAAGGGAAGUGAUAGAAGGAAUACACAAGCUGCUUAUAAACAGGUUCAGAGAGAAAACUCGGUUGUCUAUGCUGCCUUGAAAACUCCAGGAGGAAACAAAAAUAAUCAAGAACUCAGAACUAUCCCCCAGGAUGAGAAUUGUGUUUAUGCCUCGGUGAAGAAGAGAUGAACAUGCAGAAUCCCCAAAUCACUUGUACUCAUGGACUUAUCCAGUCUCAGACCGUAUUGUUUUUUUCAAUUUUCAAUUAAAAUUGUUCUUCUAAUAACUCAGCAUUACUGAAUGAGAGAUAAUGGAAUUAUAUAAUAAAAUAUAUAUUAUGUGACACAA